UAAUAAUAAUAAUAAUGGGUAUAAAAGCAAUUGCGUCAAAACUAAGCAGCGGAGAGAAGAAAGAAGAAAGCUGAGAAAAAGCAAUGGCGAGUGGAGGUGGUGGAAAGGUCUCCUUCAAAGUGACUCUCACCUCCGAUCCAAAGCUUCCCUUCAAAGUGUUUAGCGUUCCAGAGGCAGCACCUUUCACCGCCGUUCUCAAAUUCGCUGCCGAAGAGUUCAAAGUGCCUCCUCAGACCAGCGCUAUCAUCACCAACGAUGGUGUUGGAAUCAAUCCUCAACAAAGUGCAGGCAAUGUCUUCCUCAAACAUGGUUCUGAACUUCGCCUCAUACCUCGUGAUAGGGUUGGAGCUUCCAUGAUAUGAAAGCUGCAUUGUUAUCAGUGCGAAAAGACUGGCCAAUCUUUAGUUAAACUGGGUACUUUCCUGAGUUUUUGUAUUUCCUUUACAAGUUAGAAAGAGUUCUAUACUCUCUGCGCCUCAUACUAGCGUAAUAACUGACAUAAACCUUUAUUUAUAAAGAUGUAAGAUGUCUAUGAUAAAUAAUUGUGGAAGGAUUUAAAGGAUAA